UCACGGGUCGCCGCAGCACCAAUCCAGGUUUUUCGCUGUGCAAAAUCAGCUCAGUCGCUCAGGCUCUGAGACCCGGAAAAGUGCGGGGAGGGGAUCGCGGAAGCCUGUCUCUCUCCAGCACUGGAGGUGGCAUGGCUGACCCUCGCCCCUCGGCCCCUUCCUCCUGCGACUGCUUCGUUUCGCUGCCCCCGGCCUCCGCCACCAGAGAGGUCAUCUUUGGCAAGAAUUCCGACCGGCCAAAGGACGAAGUCCAGGAAGUGGUCUAUUUCCCGGCUGCUACUCAUGCCAAGGGGGCCAAGGUCCAGUGCACGUACAUUGAAGUGGACCAGGCGGAGAGGACUCACGCAGUCAUCCUGAGUCGACCGGCCUGGCUAUGGGGAGCAGAGAUGGGAGCCAACGAACACGGCGUCUGCAUCGGCAACGAAGGGGUGUGGACUAAGGAGCCGGUGGGGGAGGAGGAGGCUUUACUGGGCAUGGAUCUGGUCCGGCUGGGUUUGGAGAGGGGCAGCAGUGCACAUGAAGCUCUGCAGGUCAUAGCGGACCUUCUGGAACGUUACGGCCAAGGAGGCCCCUGCAAGGAGGAGCCAACCCCUUUUGUGUACCAUAACACCUUCCUCCUGGCAGACCGCACGGAAGCCUGGGUGUUGGAGACAGCUGGAAGGUUUUGGGCCACUCAGAGGAUUCGAGAAGGUGCCCGUAACAUCUCCAACCAGCUGAGCAUCGAUACGGACAUUACAGCCGAACACCCGGAUUUAAGGGCACACGCCCGAAGACAGGGAUGGUGGGAUGGCAAAGGGGAGUUCAGCUUCACUCGAGUGCUCUCCCUUGUUCAUCAGCCGGUCCGCAUGGAAGCGGCCAAAGCACGGUACUGCAGCGGCCAGCAGCUGCUACGCCAGCAUUCAGGGCAGAUCACCGCCAGCACCAUCAUGGACAUCCUGAGAGAUAAAGCCAGCGGGAUCUGUGUGGAUUCCGAAGGGUUUGCAACCACCGGAAGCAUGGUGUCUGUCCUCCCCCAGGACGCCCACCUGCCGUGCAUUCAUUUCCUCACGGCCACCCCGGACCCUUCCAGGUCUGUCUUCAAACCCUUCAUCUUCGCUCCCAACAUCACUUCCUUCCACCAAGUGCAGACGCCAAGGUUUGGUGACAGAGACCCCAUCCGGGAGAGGCCUCGGUUUCAGAGCCGGGUUGACCGGCGACACGAACUCUACAGGAGGCACCAGCUAGCCCUGGAAGCCGCGGAUUCCCAUCAGGCUGAACGUCAGAAGCUCGAGGAAUGUUUGCAAGGACUUGAGCAGCAGGCCCUGGAGGCGAUGAAGAACUUGCUGGCUGGCUCCUUCACGCUGAAAACCGAGGAGCUGGCUGACCUGUUCUUUGACUGUGUGAAUGCAGAACUCCAGUUCUAUAAAUGAAGGAUCCUCUCUGUUGCUUUUGCCUGCUGAGGGCAGGUGGGUUGAAGUUCCAUCUCCGUAGGACUGAGAGUUCCAGGUGUGAAUCCUGUCGGCCGUUAUGUGAUUAUGAUACUAUCGUAGUUUGAGAGGGGAAAAUUCAUAGCAUCUUAGAGUCAUUGUACGUAGCCUCUGGAACUCGCUGGAUGUCUUUUUUUUGUUUGUUUUUGAAUAACAUUUUAUUAAGUAUUUUAAAAAGGCAUUUGGAGUCAAGGGAGUGCAAUUAUGCCAGAAAUCACAGUAGAUUUGGAACUUACAAGACUGAAUAAUUAGCCAAAGAAAUAUUUGAUACAAUUAAUAUAGAGAAGUAAGAACUUGUCACUAAAUUUGUACAAAUUACCGGUAAUUUUUACCAUAAAUACCUCACUU